AUGGGGCCCGUCUGGGACAAUAUGACCAAGAUGGGUGUGGUUGUGGAGUCUGUACCGGAGAACAGUGUGAUCCAAUUACUUCACAUUCUUGUGCAGUUCAAUACCACAUAUUACUAUGUAGUUGGAAUAGGCAAUACUGAGAGGCAAUUCUGGUUUACAACUCCUCCUGAAGUUGGUCCGGACGUACCUUACACAUUUGGUCUCAUAGGUGAUCUGGGUCAGACCUUCGAUUCAAAUAGGACGCUUACUCAUUAUGAAUUAAAUCCGCUCAAAGGACAAACAGUUUUGUAUCUUGGGGACCUCUCCUAUGCAAAUGACUAUCCAUAUCAUGAUAAUGUUAGAUGGGAUACAUUGGGGAGAUUCACUGAGAGAAGUGCUGCUUAUCAACCUUGGAUAUGGAGUGCAGGGAAUCAUGAGAUUGAUUUUGCCCCAGAACUUGGUGAAACAAUACCUUUUAAGCCUUACACUCACCGGUAUUAUGUCCCAUAUAAUGCAUCAGGGAGUCCAAGCACUCCUCAGUACCAAUGGCUCGAGACAGAGCUACCAAAAGUUAACAGGAGUGAGACACCUUGGUUGAUUGUUAUAAUGCAUUGUCCAUGGUAUAAUAGCUACUACUUGCACUACAUGGAAGGAGAAGGCAUAAGAGUGACGUUUGAACCGUGGUUUGUCAAGUACAAAGUUGAUGUCAUAUUUAACGGUCAUGUUCAUGCCUAUGAACGAUCUGAACGUGUGUCCAAUGUUGCAUAUAAUGUUGUGAAUGCAAAUUGCACUCCUGUGAAAGAUGAAUCUGCGCCGGUGUACGUUACGGUUGGUGAUGGAGGAAAUCUGGAAGGCUUAUGGACCAUUAUGACAGAGCCACAGCCAGAUUACUCACUUUUCCGAGAGGCCAGUUUUGGUCAUGGAAUUUUUGACAUAAAGAACAGAACUCAUGCUUACUUUAGCUGGCACCGUAAUCAAGACGGAUAUGCUGUAGAAGCUGAUUCUACAUGGCUUUUCAACAGACACCAUUGAUGAUUCAAAGUCCAUAAGAACCUGAUCUUGAUGGAAACAAUAAAUUAAAUGCCUGAAUCAUGUAGGAGUAUUAUUAGAAGAUUCAAUGUUUUCUUC